UGCAGAGUUGAUUGUAUGGAAUGGAUGCAGAGGAAACAUUGACAGAACGUCAAGAAAAUGAGGUGCAAGUCUUAGAAAGUAUAUAUCAGGGAGAUGUGGAGGAUGUGAGAAAGAAGGAUACAUGGAAAGUGGAAAGACCCCCAGAGGUUCUCAUCACUCUUACUCCUCAGCAGAGCACUAGCAUGCUUGGUGGGGACAUAGAUGGCAAAGAGAAGUGUCUUCCAUGUGUUACCCUUCACAUCAAAUGUCCAUCUGACUACCCAAUGAUUGUUCCAGAAAUAAAACUGGAGAGUGAAAAAGGAUUGACAGAGAAAGAGUUGAAAGAGCUGGAAUUGGAACUGCAAGCACUGGCAAAUCAUCUUGUUGGGGAGGUGAUGGUUCUUGAUCUGUGCCAACAUGUUCAGAAGUUCCUUCAUGCUCAUCGGAGAGAGCCUGCUAAGUCCUUCUAUGAAGAAAUGCUAUCCCAGCAAAAAAAGGAGGCUGAGGCCAAGGUUCGCCAACAGCAGCAUGACCUGCACCAGCUUCAGAUUCAGAGGCAACAUGUGCAUGAAGAAAUGCAAAGGAAACAGGAAGCACUUCGAGAGGAAGAGAUGCGUCGGCGUCAAUCCCUCAACAGAGACUCUUCCACCUUUCGUUCAAUAGACAGAGAAGCUAUUUGGAAAGAAGAGGGGAAUCAGGAGAUCCUCACAUUGAAUGGAUCUAUCAAAAGAGUUAUUCAAAAAGGAGCUCCUUUAGGGAAGAGUGGGGUGACCAGUGGGGAAAGUUUCUUUGCAUUUGAUGUUCAGGAAAGAAACCUCUUGAUCUUGAAAGAGUGGCAUUGCCCAAAGCAGCAAGAUUUCCCUCAGUGGCUACUGAAUUUGGAGGAAGAAAGUGAGGAAUGGCUAGAGUUGGAGCAUGAAAAUCUGGUUCGACUGGUCACAAUAGGGCACUUCAUUGGUCCUCACCCCUCCACUCUCACUGUGUUUAUCAUCCAGGACUACAUUCCUGGAAUUCCUUUGUCCUACCACCUGCACCCUCAUUGCUAUGCUGACCAACUAUCACUGAAGCAUUAUGCCAGAGGCAUGCUGUCAUGUUUGGAAUUUUUACAUGGUAGGAACCUCAUUCAUGGAUGCCUUCGCCCAUCAUCUGUUUUCCUGAAUCAUCAAGGGAAGGUGAAGGUUGGUGCCACCUGUCUUGAAAAGAAAAUUGGGGUACAGCUGCAGGGGUUUCAGGAUCCAUUCUCAUUUGCUUCACCAAACACUAAGAUGGGAGAUAUCCAGCGAGUUGCAUACAUCCUUCUCUCCCUCAAAAGAGGGUUUCUCAUCAAGGAACCCAAUCCACACUUCCAUGCUUCCUUUUCACCUCAGUUUCAGCAUUUCCUCUCUCGAUGUGCAGAAGGAGCUGGUGCAUCAGAGUUAUUGAGACAUCCUAUAUUAACCAGGAAAGAAGAUGAAGAUUACCUGCAAGAAGAUGGAGACUUUUUCCAUCAUCCUGAAGCCAUUCAUGCAGAAGCUAGAGACAAGGUGGCUAUGAUGGUGGUGAAUGAAGGAGAAGAAAGAAAACAACUUGGAGACAAAGGUCUUGGCCAGAUCCCUAUAUUUCUCCCCUCCUUAAUUAAGAGGAACUCUCGAUUGCUUCAAGAGUUCUAUGAUCUUGAAUGGCUGGGCUCUGGUGGAUUUGGGGAUGUCCUCAAGGGAAAAAAUAAGUUGGAUGGAAAUAUAUAUGCCAUCAAGCGAGUGGUGCUGAAUCCAAGGAAUCGAGCUCUGAAUCGUAAGAUCACACGAGAGGUGAAACUACUUUCUCGACUCAAUCAUGAGAAUGUGGUUCGGUACUUCAAUUCAUGGAUUGAAACCACAACCAUUGAGACUGAAGAGUCUGGUUCCAGUCCCAGUGAGGAUCUUGAAAGAAAGCAAACAGAAACAAGUUCAUCACAAAGCAAUGAUUUUGAUAAGAAAGUGGAAGGAGGAGAUAGUGAGCUGCUUCGCCUUGGAUCAGCACUUCCUCCACCUAAUGAAUGUUCAGUGGAAUGGUCAACUUCCUAUCCAGCCACAUGUGCUGGAGUUGAUGGCAAUGAAUCUUCCUCUUCUGAAGAUGAAGAGGAGGAAGGAUGCUUUGGGACUUCUUGCAUGUUUCAUGCAGAAUCCAAGGAAGACAGUUUUGAAGGAGACAGUGUAGUCUUUGAAAAUGAAUCCAUCAAAGCUGAUGAAAAGCAGGAGUCAAUAGUUGAAGCUCACAGAGAUGAGAACCAACAAUUCCCCACUAUAGGGAAGAUUUACCAGUAUCUCUACAUUCAGAUGGAAUUCUGUGAAAAAAGCACUCUGUUGACAGCUAUUCAAAAUGGGUUGCAUGGUGAUGAAGAUCGAAUCUGGCAAUUAUUUCGAGAGAUUGUUGAGGGUUUGGCACAUAUUCAUCAGCAAGGUAUGAUUCAUCGAGAUCUGAAGCCAACUAACAUAUUCCUUGAUUCUGAGGAUCAUGUCAAGAUUGGAGACUUUGGCCUGGCCACUGCCGAUGGACUUCACAGGCAUCAGGGGGAGGAGCAAGAAAGACAAAGCAACAGGCAAGGGGAAGAUGUGACAGGUUGUGUGGGAACAGCUUUCUAUGUUGCUCCUGAGCUCUUGGUCACACCUAAAACUCCAGUAUAUUCUCAGGUGAAAAGUCCUCAGCUGAAGGUGGAUAUGUACAGCCUGGGAGUAAUUCUGUUUGAGAUGUUGAUGAAACCAGCAAGAACAGCCAUGGAACGAGCAGAGACACUCUUUUGUCUUUGCUCACCUCAGAUUGUCCUUCCCACAGAUUUUCCUAAGGAAAAGGAGCCUCUCAUCCGAUCCCUCCUACAUCAUGAUCCUGGGAGUCGACCCUCCUCAUCCCAGCUUUUAAAUUCCAACCUCUUACCUCCACCCAAAGAUGAAGAAAAUAGAUUGUAUGCUCUUGUGAGAAGAAGCCUGGAAAAUCCUCAGAGCAAAGCAUACAAGUUCAUUGUAGCUGCUUGCAUGGACCAAGUCAUGAAAGUGGCUGAGAAUGUGACAUAUGAUAUGGACAUUCCCCGUGGUCCAAUAUCAUAUUGUGGGACAUUUCUCCAAGAGAAAGCCUUAGAGAAACUGAAAGCAGUGUUCCGUCGACAUGGAGCCAUCCCUCUUCGCACUCCUCUAUUGAUGCCAAAGACUUCUCAAUCCACUGAGACACAUGUAGAUCUGAUGGAUCAUGGUGGAAGUAUGGUGUGUCUUCCACAUGAUCUGCGGGUUCCCUUCAUCCGCUAUGUUGCAAGACAUGGCCCUAGCAUGCCAACUCCAUUUAAAAGAUAUUCAUUUUCUCGUGUGUUUCGAAAAAGGCGUGUGUUUGGGCUUCAUCCCAGGGAAUUGCUUGAGUGUGCUCUUGAUAUCGUCACCACAAGCUCUGGGAAAGGAGGGGAAUUGCCAGAUGCAGAAGUCUUGUGUAUCUUGGAAGAAAUCUUGAGUGAAUUUCAUGCCCUGUCUGAAAGAGGUUUUCAAAUACAUCUGAAUCAUAUAGAUCUGGUUAAAGGGCUGCUCUUUCAUGUGGAGAUUCCAGAAAAUCUCCAUCAAAAGGUGCUGAUUGCCCUGGAGCAGUGGAAGGGAGAUUGGAGACCAGAGGAACUACAAGCAGUGGGUGUAUCAAGUGAAGCAUUGAAUUCCUUGUACUCAUUCAUCCGAAUAGAUUGCUUACCAGAGAAGAUAGAAAAAGUCCUACGACCAGUGAUAGAGAAAAGGAAGUCCCCUGCAGGAAGAAUGACUCGAGAGACCUUGGCUCAGCUAAAUCAUAUAAUCUCUAUUUGUACUGCCAUGAAGCUCAAUGUCCCUGUUGUGAUCACUCCAUGGAUGUUGCACAAGGUGGACAUUUAUUCAGGGAUCAUGUUUCAGUUGGUUGCCCCAUCAAAAAAAAAGAAGAGACUUUCCCUAGAGAUAUUGGCAGCUGGAGGACGUUAUGACUCAAUGCUUGCUAAGGCCAGGUCAGAAUUGGGUCCCUCCAUCCUUCUCCAAGUCAUGGAUUGCAAGGUUUAUUAA